UCGUUUUUAUUCUGCUCCACCCCUCCCCUGCAAAGCGAGUCUGCGCGGCCGGUGGACACAGCCGACCUCCUCGAGGAGUUAAAGCCAGGUGCGGCAGACCGAAACUUCGGUAGCGCUUCUCACUUCCUGCCCUGCUCCACGCCGCGGCUCUUCUCUUCGUCGCUGCCGACUCACCGAGAGCAGGAGCCCUACAGCCGCCCAGCUUUUGAAGCGGUCCCCAGCUGCGAUAGCGAACAAGUGCAACUUCUUUCCUCGGGCGGACUGGGCUGAAGCGGCCGCCGCGCGCUGCUGCUCUUCCUGCCUCCGCGCUUGCAGCGGCCACGGGCGGCGGGGUUGGUGGAAAAGGAGGAGGCGGAGGAGGAGGAGAAGGGAGGGAGGCGGGGAGAAGAGAAUGGCAGCAGCCAAGGAGCCCGGAGCGCCACCAGCAACAGGGAGCAAGACCGGCGAGGGGGAGCCGGCGUUGUCCUUUCAGAGCCGCCUGUGGAGGAGCCUGCAGCUGGGGGGCAAGGGCAAGGGCAGCGGCAAAACGGGAGCCGAACGCCGCAGUGCGGAGACCUCGCCGUCGCUUCCUCGGAGCCACGCCAUGGAGCAGCCGGCCAAGGCAGACUUGUUAACAGAGGGUGGCGGCGCCGCCGCCAGAUGGGGCGGCUUGAGGCGUCGAAAACACGUGCUGGACCGCGUCUUCUCGUCCUCUCAGCCCAACUUGUGCUGCUCCUCGGCCGAGCCCCUGGAGGCCGUGAACACCGAGGCCGGCUCUGCGCUGCGCCGCCUCCGCGAGCAUCUCCUUCCCCAUCCCCAGGGCAAAGGGGGUCAGAGGCCCGGCCGGGGGUCCGACGACACGGCCGCCUCUUCCUCGGCCUCUUCUUCGCAACUCCCCUCGGCGGCUACCCCCGAAAAGGACAGGGUAGGCGGGGAUGGAGCCCUCAGAGCCGAGGCGCGAGGGGAGCCUCCGCAGCAGUCCCGACUCGGGGUUCACCUGUCCCAUCAGAAGAGCUCUUCUCUGCCCGGCAGCACCGCCUGCCUAGAGCAGUUGCUUGAAGACUCGCCCGCCAAGGUUAAAGCCAAAGAGCCGGAGUGCAACGGCAGCCCUCGUUCUUCGAAGAUAUUACAGAGAUUUGGUCUUGCUGUGACAAGUAAUGUAGAAUUACCACCUGCUGAACCAGGAAUGUACCAAUUGGAUAUUACAUUAAGACGAGGUACUAACUUAGCAGCUCGUGAUCGAAGAGGAACAAGUGAUCCAUAUGUCAAGUUUAAACUUGGUGGAAAAGAAAUCUUUAGAAGUAAAACAAUCAGUAAGAAUCUUAAUCCAGUUUGGGAGGAAAGAACUUCCGUUUUUAUUGAACACUUAAGAGAACAACUGUAUAUAAAGGUUUUUGAUUAUGAUUUUGGACUUCAAGAUGAUUUUAUGGGGUCAGCUUUUUUGGACCUGAAUUCCCUAGAACAAAAUAGGUCUGUUGAUGUUAUAUUGAGUCUGAAGGACUCACAUUAUCCAGACCAAGAUCUUGGGACUAUAUUGUUAAACGUGUUGCUGACCCCAAAAGAGCAGCAGAGGGAAGGGACAGUGCUAAUGAGGAAGAGUUGGAAAAGAACAAGUAAGUUUCAGACCCAAAGUAUACGUCUGUCAGACCUGUACAGAAAAGCUCAGCUAUGGAGAGGAAUAGUCAGUAUCACUUUAAUUGAAGGUCAUGGACUCAAAGCCAUGGACUCAAAUGGGCUGAGUGAUCCAUAUGUGAAAUUUCGGCUGGGACACCAGAAGUACAAGAGUAAGAUAAUGUCAAAAACUUUGAAUCCCAGGUGGAGGGAACAAUUUGACUUACAUCUUUAUGAGGAACGAGGUGGAAUUAUUGAUAUUACAGUAUGGGACAGAGAUGCUGGCAAAAAGGAUGAUUUUAUUGGCAGGUGCCAGAUUGACCUGUCAACUCUAAGCAAAGAGCACACUCACAAGCUAGAGCUGCCUCUGGAAGAAGGCGAAGGGCAUCUGGUACUGCUGGUUACAUUGACUGCUUCAGCCGCGGUCAGCAUCUCUGACCUUUCAAUGAAUGCCUUGGAAGACCCAAAGGAACGGAAAGAAAUCCUAAAAAGAUAUAAUCUAAUGCAGAUGUUUCAAAAUAUAAAGGAUGUGGGAUUUCUCCAGGUGAAGGUCAUCAGAGCAGAAGGUUUGAUGGCAGCUGAUGUUACAGGUAAAAGUGAUCCAUUUUGUGUAAUUGAAUUGAACAACGAUAGAUUGUUGACCCACACAAUAUAUAAGAACCUUAAUCCCGAGUGGAACAAAAUCUUCACUUUCAAUAUUAAAGAUAUACACUCAGUUCUUGAAGUGACAGUUUAUGAUGAAGAUCGUGAUCGGAGUGCGGACUUCCUAGGCAAAGUGGUUAUUCCAUUAUUGUAUAUUCAAAAUGGUGAACAGAAAGCCUACGUUUUGAAAAACAAGCAGCUGACAGGGCCAACAAAGGGGGUCAUCUAUCUUGAAAUGGAUGUGAUUUUUAAUGCUGUGAAAGCCAGCAUCCAAACAUUAAUUCCCAAAGAACAGAAAUAUAUUGAAGAAGAAAACAGACUAUCUAAACAGCUUCUUCUAAGGAACUUUAUCCGUGUGAAACAUUGCAUCAUGGUCAUUAUAAAUGCUGCCUACUUUAUAAAUGGUUGUUUUGAGUGGGAGUCACCACCAAGAAGUCUGGCUGCUUUUGUGCUUUUCCUUAUUGGAACAUGGAAUUUUGAGCUGUACAUGAUUCCACUGGUCUUGUUGCUGCUGUUGGUGUGGAAUUACUUCUUGAUCUUAUCAGGAAAAGAUAAUCAGCCACAUGAUAAUCAGAAAGAAGGAACUAAACAUGAUGGCUACAUAUGAUGAAAUCAUUAUGAAUUAUAUUGCAUUUUAUCAUUUUAUGGAGGAGGAACAUUGUUUUUCUUAGCGAUUAUCCUACAUUAUUGAAUUGUCUGCUUGUUUUUGCAAUGUGGUCAUUUGGUCCAUAUACAGAAACUAUCUGGCAAGCCUUGCCACAAUGAAAGACUCUCAGAUCUCCAUGAUUUAAAGAAACCCAAGAACUAAUUGGUGGAAUAGCAGGCAUUUCAUAAUGGUUGGUAAUUACCUGAUGAUGGGCAUUUUCCUGCUGAAAGGAACUAAGGCUUGGAAGUGAAUAGGAUGGUCUAUCAAGGUGGUACCACUGAGAAAGAUUUAUGUUUUUUGAUCAUGGGCUGUGCUGCCACACAAAGACCUUCUGCCAAGAGGCAAGCUACAAAGACUGUGAUGGAUAUUUUUGGCACCUCACUGAUUUCAUCAAGAACACAUUAAACCAGAAUGAAAGAACCUUUACAAAAGUCAACAACUGAAUACACUUCCAAGGAACAGGGCCAACAAUACAAGAAAUAAAGGGAGAAGCACACAGGCAGAGAGGGCUCAUUGGCUGGAAACUAUGUAAUAAAAUGAGAAGGAGUACCACCACAAUUUCAGAUGUUUCUAUAGCAAUGAACACAGUGUGUGGCAAAUAAAGAGAAUUUGGAACGCUAACAAAGGGUUUUUGACAUUUACUCAAAAAGAACAGGUCCAGCAG